AUGAGGAAAGGGCUGUUUGUCGGAGACGUUGCAAAAAACCUGGGCUUGGAAGUAAAAAGGACGACUGACUCCCAAAGGAGUGACAUCAAGUAUAAGCAACCAAUGAGCCAAAGUUUGGUUAGUGUGGAUGACGCUGGGACUGAAACUCUGGAGAAAGGAGAGCGGUCACCAGAGGCCUUAGUUGCCCAAAUCCGGUAUUCCAUCCCAGAGGAGAUGAAGAAAGGCUCCCUAAUCGGUAAUGUAGCACAAGAUCUUGGUUUGGAUUUGAAGAGGCUUCGUUCUGGGCGGGCCCGUAUCGUGACCGGAGAAAACAUCCACUACACCGAGCUGAAGACAGACAAAGGGAUUCUAGUCGUGAAUGAGAGAAUAGACCGAGAGCAGCUUUGUGGAGACGAAACACCGUGUAGCUUUACCUUUGAGAUUUUAUUGGAAAAACCAAUGGAGUUGCACCCUGUGACUAUAGAAGUAUUGGACGACCAGAACGACAACCCUCCUCAGGUCCUGUACCCAGUCCAGACUGGUGGCUCUCUAGUGGCUGAGAUGGUACCUCGUUCAGCAGAUGUGGGCUAUCUGGUCACUAAAGUGGUGGCUGUUGAUGUGGACUCUGGACAGAAUGCCUGGCUCUCCUAUAAACUGCAGAAAGCCACAGACAGGGCGCUGUUUGAAGUGGGCUUACAGAAUGGAGAAAUAAGGACUAUCCGCCAGGUGACUGAUAAAGAUGCGGUGAAACAAAGACUGACUGUUAUAGUGGAGGACAACGGGCAGCCCUCUCGUUCAGCUACAGUCAUUGUUAACGUGGUGGUGGCUGACAGCUUCCCGGAAGUGCUGUCUGAGUUCACUGACUUUACACAGGACAAGGAGUACAAUGACAACCUGACUUUUUACUUAGUGCUGGCUCUGGCUGUAGUGUGCUUCCUCUUCAUCACGUGUUUAGUGGUUAUCAUAUCAGUGAAGAUCUACAGGUGGAGGCAGUCUCGCAUCAUGUGCCACUCCAAUCUCCCUGUGAUUCCAUAUUAUCCACCACGUUACUCAGACACUUUGGGGACAGGGACUCUCCAACACGUGUACAACUACGAGGUGUGCAGGACGACUGACUCCAGAAAGAGUGACUGUAAGUCCGGCAGAGCUGGUAGUCAGAACGUGCUGAUAAUGGACCCCAGUUCUACAGGGACGAUGCAGCGGAUACAGAGUGAAAAGAGCAUCCUGGAUGAACCCGACUCUCCUCUAGAGAUUUUGGACUCUAAGUGA